UAGACCGGGUCUCUUUCCCUUUCUCUGCUUCCGUCUCCCUCCCCCUAUCGCUUACCGCAUGGCUAUAUAUUGUUUCGUAUGGCGCUGGCCUGCGUUGCACGUACCAUACUGUAUGGAUGGGCCGGGGGGGGGGAAGGGGGGGUGGUUGAACGAGUGGAGCCGGAGGGGGGUAAGGAGUACGUGAAGUGGCGGAUGAAGCAACGGGUUACGGAUACAAUGCGAUAUGUAGGGAUAGCGGAGGGAUGAAGGGAAUGGGGAGGCGUAGAUGGAUGCAUUGGUGUAUAUACACAUUUGCACGUAUUUAUAGGUAUUUAUCUACAGGCCUGUGUAGAUACCUCCAAGUACCUAUGCUGAUACCUUCACAAUGGGAGAAGUACCCUCCAAGUAUUGAUCUUACGCAUUGCCCUAUAUCAGGUAGUUGUAUUACGUUAGAUAGGUACCUAGCUAGUACCUUAUAUGUUAUGCAGUUAUGCAUACGUUGCGAGGUUAGUUACGUACCUGCCUAUCUCAAUACAGUCCGCAACUCCGAAACCCUUCAACUCUCUACGGCUGUAAGUGUAGAAUGGAUCAACAUGUGUGUAUAUAUAAUCAAGUCUACCGCCAUCCACCGAGUCAGGGUAGCCAGACAGAGGAGAAGUGGCGAAUAUAAAGGGGUGGGCCGCGUACUAUGGUCACCUGGCGCUCCUCCAAUCAUCUUACACGGAUGCAUUCAUGCCCAACGUUGGGCAGGCGGGCAUCUGAUCCAGCCUCUCGCUGCCCCCUUUGCUCACCAGGUACACCUUUCGCUGGGAGCAUGUACGAUCCUGUCUGGUUACGGGUGGGCGUGUGGUGGCCGUGGGUGGGAACGCUGCCAUCGGGUGGGCUAGGAGGAUGCUAUAGACCGAUGUAGAGUCUUGUACCCCUUCGAGGACGACACUUUCGGGCUACUGUGGCUACAUCUAGGCUACGGGACCCGUUGGGCAACGUUCGCCGCACCCAUUGGGCGCCUUGGGUGACUCAAGUGUACGGACAGCGGCCUCCCUUGCAGAAUUUUGCAGACAUGAUGCCAGCCAGACCCGGCGAUGGGAUCCUGGUCCAGCACGCGGUCCGCCGUCUUGUCUACGUAUUGCAGGUCGCAGC